AUGUUGCAGACCUUGUAUACGCAAGAAUCCAGGGCUGCCACGUCAGCCGAGCUCCAGGCAAGAGCGCAGCUGAAGGCGGCCACGGCGAGUCUCGUACGCGGCACCGCAGCUCUCACAGAGUUGCUGACUGGCGAGGCGAAUGAGCUCGUGGAAAUGUUGGAGAAGACAGAGGCCACCUCAGAGAAGUACCGGGAGAACUCCAAGGAUCCAGCUGUGGUCCAGAGGGCGCUGAACGUCUCGAAGCAGAUGGUGGACCUUGUAAACCAGGUCAAGUCCCACGACACAGCAGUUCAACAGUCACUGGCGAAGACUGGCGAUCCCCUGGUUUAUGAUGACGGCAGCAUCGACCGCAAGGACAUUCCCGAUCCCGGCGAACAGGUGGGCCAGCUCGCCGAAGGCAUCGCGAAGUUGGCCAAGAAGCGGGGCGACCAGAACAUGAUCAAGAAGACCGAGGGCAAGCUUCUGCAGCACGUGAUGGCCGUGGAUAAGAUGGUAAAGGGAGCACAGGAGGCAGAGGAGUCUGGUGGCGACCCCCGCGAAGUCCUGGCCGACGCGCCCGAGGACGACAAAGCGGACCUCGUGGAGGCCCUCGACGCGGACACCGUAGGCACGGACACGGACGAGGAAGAAACCACCGCGGAUGCCUGGGAAGUUGCUGAGCUGGACGUCGACGACAUGGACGCCUUCACCCGAGCCAAGAUCUGCGACCUCCUCCCCAGCCUGCGCUGCGCCGCCUGCGGGGAGAAUGCCAGCACGCUGCAAGAGUAUCGCGACUGCGUGGGCCGCGAGAUCUCGGAGUACCAGAACAGCCGGAAGAGACGGGCCCGCCGCGCCGAGGCGAAGGCGCAGAUGGACGAGACGGUGCAGCGGUCCAAGGAGUUGAAAAACCUGAAGCGCCGCGGGAUGCUCUUGGCCCACGACGCCUUUGAGAUGUGGGGGGUUCACCGGAACUGGGCGCGAUGGACCUCCGACCCCACAUGGCCACUGGAGGCGUUGAAAGGCGAACCCGCCAAGGCCGGCUGGGAGUCCUUCACCACAGACUCUCAGGUGAUCCUUGAGACGAGCAUUCAGGAUUUCCAGACCGGGGCUGUGGACAUUGCCAAGGAGGAAGGCAUGGCGAGCGCCGACACCAUCUACGCUACGCACUUGGAGGACCACGUGGCCGAGGCCAUGGAUAUCAAGGCUGGCGGUGAGGACCUGAUGGCUCGGGCUGGCGAUCUGCAGCAGCAAGGAAUGACAAUGAUGGGGGACGCCGAGGGCACCAUGGCGGAGGCUCAGGCCAUCCAGGCCGAUGGCCUCCAGCUUCAGGCAGAGAUGCAAGAAACCUCGGCGGCUCUCCAGACGGAACUGAACCAUUGCCAGCAGCCGCCGACGCCUUUUCAGCCCAGCCAGUGCAAUCCAGACGAGAUCAUGCGCCUGAGCAACGAGAUGGAUGGGCAUCGGCAAGAAGCCGAGGCUUUGGCUGAUCGCAGCUCUGCGCUUUCGGAGGAAAUGCAGGCACAUGCUGAGGAGGCUGACGUGAUGGCCCAGGAGGCCCAGGCGAUGGCGGCCGACGCGGAGCAGCUCCAAACCCAAGCCAUGGCGCUGAAGGAUGAGGCCUUGGCGGAUCUGACCUCCAGCGAGACAUUGCAGGCGGUGGCCGCUGAGCUUCAGGACUGCGCUCAGCGGAUUGCCACGCGAGUCGUGGACCUGGCAGCACAAACAGCCGAGCAGGUGACAACCCAGAUCCUGGCCCUGGUCCCCGACCUCUUCUUCGCCUGCCUCGAAGCGGCUCUGGACAUCAUCACUGGCUUCGGGUGGAUCAUCACCGCUGCACGUGUCACCUACAUGCUGGUGAAGUAUGCCUACAAGAAGUACAAGGAGUGGCGGGACACGAGGAAGCAGCAGCUGUGUGGCAAGACGCCCCAACUGGAUUGCUGUGUGGGUACGGUCAUGUCGUGGUAUGACCAGCAAGUCCUUGCACAGCGGAAGACGGAAGCCGAGUUCCGUGCUGACAGUCAGUGGAUCCUGGCCAGGAAGCUCCAGGUCCCGAACUCGUGCACGCCUUGGUCCUUGACGUUGUUCGCAGAACCUUUGGACGACGAAACCGCGAGGGUGAUCCUGGCCAGAGAGAUGGCUCAGAACGCCCCUGCCAUCUUCACCCGCCAAAUCAGCACCUACUCCUGGUUCGGCGUGGGAAAAGGGUCACUCAGGCUCAAGGACGACACGCGGCUAGUGGUCGCCAGGUCGAGCUUCUUGAUCGAGUGGCCCAGGAAGAAGCGCCAGAAGCGGGCGCGAGUACUCCGCUGGAGCACCGGAUGCGACGACUUCCUGCCUCUGAAAGGAGGCUCCCAGAACAGCAAGGGCCUGCGCGCCAAGCGCAACAACGCCUCGCCUCUGGGAGUGCGCUUCAAGUUCGGCGGGGGCUCGAGGUCGAGCAGGAGCUUCGACAUGGCCUCGGACUCCGAGAGCAUGUGCUUCCUGGCCAACGCGAUGUGUCGGGCGGCCUGUUACAAGCCCGAGGUUUGUGACGAGCACCUUGAUCCCCAGGGUGUGGUGGAUCUUGGUGGGAAGGCCGCGCGGAACGCAAAGAACCUCCUGAGCCUCUGCGCCCCCGUGUCCGGCCUGAAGCGCGCCACCGGGGUUGAGGAAGCGACGUACAGCAAGGAGACCAAGGUUGGGCCCGCGGCCCUUCGAGCCUUCGUUUGGGACCACCUUUUCCACAAAGGGGAAGGUGAGCCGAUGUCCAGGACAGAAGCGCUGGCUUAUUCUGCGGCUGUGUGCGACAAGCACGUGCUUCCAUUCUGGUCCUGCGGCGCGGAGGAGUGUUCUCUUUGCCAGGGCGUGGCUUCAAUGUACACAUCCUCUCAGUCAGCUCAGCAGUGGUGCAGCUCCUUCCAUUUGAAGGACUCGGAGAAUGUGUCAGAGACAUAUGCACGCGAUUCGGGCCGCUACUUCAAGUGCCAGUACCUCUCAGAGUACUUGCAGAGCACCGAAGAUCAGAGUCGGCUGCGAGAUCGCAGGGCCACCGUUGCGGAGACUUGCGAGUCGAGGACGUUCUGUUCAAAGGCGUCGAACACGCUUCCCACCUUGGAUAUGCGCCCCGGCCUCCAGAGAGGGACGCCAGAGUACGCCGACUCGCAGUGCCGGAUGUGUGUGGAGUUUGUCCAGCGUGCUGCCGCCGGCCUCAAGCCCAAGGCGUUCUGCAACGCGAUCCCCAGCCGAUACCCGCAGCAGAAGAUCUUCUGUGAGGGCACAUUGAGAGAGAUGAUGGAAGCCAUCCCGGGAGUGAAGAAUGCUCAGGAGAAGGCAUUCUGGAGCGGCUGGUUCAGCGAGUGGUCCGCUGGACUUAAUGGCACUGUGUGCAACAAGCUGUGCAAGGAGUCCGUGGAGCGGCGCCCGGAGAUCAAGCUGACCCUCAAGAAUCCUUCUCCUCUCAUCCUGGCAGGUGAGGACACCGAAGCUGCGCCACCUGGCAAGCCCCUGGAGGAGAACUGGCAGCCCGAGGCGGCAGACUCCAUCACGAAGUCGCCCUGGAUGAAGCGUGCCCUGAAGAGCGUCAAGCUGUCGCUCCCUGCGCGGGCAGUCAGCGGAACGCAGGUGGUCAUAUGGAAGCUGGAGGAUCAGAUGCAGAGCUCCAUCUCCGGCUGGGAAGCCCUUCUGAAGGAGAUCGCCUGGGAUGGGACCUUCACACAGAAACGUGUGUGGCCCAGGACAGGCGCUGGAGGUGUGAUCUCGCAGAAGGUGCAGCAGGCCGUGUUCCUCAUGCUCAGGGAGGUCACGCUUUUGAGGAGCCACGUGGACUUCAUCGCCGCGCUGCUGCAGACGAAGAUGAACCUCGGCGUUGCGCGGCGCACCUCCGAGGACUUGACUCGCCGGAUGGACAGCCUGGUUCAGAACUUCGACCUCAUGGAUGAGGUCUUGACUGGAAUGAAGGCGCCGAGUGUUCCUUCCAGGCUGCGGCGCAAGUUUCAGAAGAAGGCCCGCGACAUGGAGACUGUGGCGAACUGCUACGGGGUCAUCGUGGAGCGUCACGAGCACCCAAGCACCGUUUAG